GACGCCGAUCCGUUGCCUAAGCAUUGUGUCUCCUGCUAGCCAGCUAGCAAGCCUCUCUGCCAGCUGGUUAUGAAACUGUAUCGAACAGGCAGGUUUUAAAAGUGUUCUUAGAUUUGUUGGUACAGAUCUGAGGACGUGUUUAACACAUAAACGAUUUGUAUUGUUGUUGUCCAACCAAAUAUAUAAGCCACCGGGAGGAGGAAUGAACCAUAAGAGUAAGAAGAGGAUUAAAGAGGCGAAACGGAGCGCCAGGCCCGAACUGAAGGAUUCGUUAGACUGGAUAAAACACGGCUAUCAUGAGACUUUCGACCUGUCGCACAUCACCGUGAAGGACAACGUAGAGCGUGUGGACACUCUCCAUAUCACUCCUGAGGAGUUCAUCCAGCGCUACGAGCGGCCCUACAAACCCGUCGUCCUGCUCAACUGCCAGGAGACCUGGCCCGCCCGGGAAAAAUGGACUCUGGAACGUCUCAAACGCAAAUACCGCAACCAGAAAUUCAAAUGUGGCGAGGACAACGAUGGAUACUCUGUGAAGAUGAAGAUGAAGUAUUACAUGGAGUAUCUGGAGACCACGAGGGACGACAGCCCGCUCUACAUCUUCGACAGCAGCUACGGUGAACACGCCAAGCGCCGGAAGCUGCUGGAGGACUACCAGGUGCCCCUCUUCUUCAGGGACGACCUGUUCCAGUUCGCAGGAGAGAAGCGCCGCCCGCCAUACAGGUGGUUUGUGAUGGGUCCAGCUCGCUCCGGCACCGGCAUCCACAUCGACCCGCUGGGCACCAGCGCCUGGAACGCUCUGGUUCAAGGACACAAGAGGUGGUGUCUGUUCCCCACCAACACCCCCCGAGAGCUGAUCAAGGUGACCAGAGAGGAGGGAGGCAACCAGCAGGACGAGGCUAUCACCUGGUUCAACGUGGUUUAUCCCCGGACGCAGCAGCCAAACUGGCCUCCAGAGUUCACGCCGCUGGAGAUCCUCCAAAGACCCGGAGAGACCGUGUUUGUGCCCGGCGGCUGGUGGCACGUCGUCCUCAACCUGGACACGACGAUCGCCGUCACUCAGAACUUUGCCAGCACGACCAACUUCCCCAUCGUGUGGCACAAAACAGUCCGAGGACGUCCCAAACUCUCCAGGAAGUGGUAUCGGAUUCUGAAGCAGGAGCGUCCGGACCUCGCAGCGCUGGCAGACAAAGUGGACCUGCAGGAGUCAACAGGCAUCGCCUCAGACAGCUCCAGUGACUCUUCAUCGUCCUCCUCCAGCUCGUCCGACUCCGACUCUGAUGCGGAGUCGGGCUCCGAGGGCGACGCUUCCUCUCACCGCCGGAAGAAGAGACGCACCUGCGGCAUGACGGCCAACGGAGACACCAGCAGCCAGGACGACUGCGUCAGCAAGGAGAGGAGCUCGUCACGGUGACCUCCGUCCGGCCUCCGUCCGGCCUCCGCCCACCUCCGCCCCGACUCCUCACGCUGCUAGUCUAGCUUAGGUAAAUGUCUGAACCCCUGAGUGACGGCCGCCUUAAAGACAAGAUAGAGGUGUAGAUGAAGGAGGAGGAUCUGCUGGAGACCUGCCACCACUGUGCUUUCAACAAUCUGUCUGUCUCUGUGGUUCUGUGGUGACGGACUGACAGUAACAGACUGGUGACAUCAUACUGGGAACUUGAUGGGCUUUAAAAGUCUCUGAGCUGCUCUCUCAUGCAAGUUUGGUGGGAAAAUGUGGGUGAUGGAAUAUUUUUAGUAAAAGGUGGCGAUGCCUUCAUGAUCCUCUGAAGUUUAACAUGCAGCAAAAGAUUCACAAUAGCAGCAAUUUGAUUUGGAGACGAUCAACAGCAAAUAUCUGAACACUCAAACCAUUUAAACCAAACUAACUUUAGUAAACAUGGAGAGUCGGGCCUGAAUCUGUGUAAACAUGAAGCUCUGGGCAGACGGAGAGCUCAGAUUCCAAAAUGGAGGACGUGAGACAUGAGCGGCGUCUGACGUCAGCCAAUCAGGACUCACCGCACACUCGUUGUGUCAUCACUGACAGGUGAACUACAGAGCAAUGCAUUCUGGGAUUGUUAGCAGACGGGAGUACACACAGUUAUCAAAAGCAUCUAUAAUAAACUGAAGUCAUUAGCAACAAAGUUUUUUAUUGAUUAAUCUGAAAGUGAUGAUUGUUAGUCAUUUUUAAAGCAGAUCAGUUUAUUGAACAACGUGUUUGUGUUGUAUUAUUUCCUGUGUCACAUUAACAGUGUUUACUAAAACUAGGUGUGAGUUAAUGAAUCAAUAUUUGAGAAUUUUUAACUGAAAACAUUUUUAAAAAUGAUCUGCAGAAUGUGAAGCAUCAACAGUUUGAUGUUGUGUUGAAGUAGCAUGCUAAUCCUUGUCCAAAGCUCCUGUGUUAGCAGUGUAAACCCCAACACUCCCCCCUGGUAGCCUGGCUAGCUGCACAGCUAACUGAGCUAAUAAGCUAACAGUAGCUACGGCCAUAGCAGUUACUCUGGUGAUAUUCUGCCUCUGUUCACAGAAUGAAUCUCUUGAAGUCACACAAUGGAACAAAAACAGUGUGUCCACAGUACGCACACUCAAUCCCAGAAUGCACUGCACUGCACUGCACUUCAUAAAAUCCUAAUGAACGAGUGAUUCAGACGCUAAUGUGAAGAAGAUUUCACGUCCUCUGACUCUCUGUACCCUUAAAGAUCAUCGGCCUUUUGAUGUAAAUACUGCACAACUUUCUGAUCAGAUUUCUGUCGGCUGCUGGAGACAAAAAAUAGUUUGUGAUGAUCUCAGUCUGUAAUGGAUGAGCUUCAUGAUGUCAGCAGCUGGUAACGAGCUUGUCACACAACUAAUUACUGUUAAAUCCUGUCGCUGUGGAACUAGAGGCCGGCAUCCUUAUAGUCUGAUUUGUUGAUUGAGUGUAAAUCUCUGUGCUGGUUCCUCUAUCAGAUGGUUGGAGGUCACGUUGUCUCUUCUGCCUUUUGAUGAUUGAACUUGAUGUCAGCAGCCUUAAUGAAAUUCAUCGACACGUCAGAGCAAUUAAAUGCGUCUCUGCCUGCUGUGUGAACUACAGGAAGAGACUCUGAUGUGCUCUGGGGAGCUGGUGGAGGUGAUGGAGGAGGUGGAGGGAGUUUCAGGAGUUGUCUGUCGUUGUGAUGUUCUGCUCGGUGCCAUGCAGAAUGCUGCUGAGGAGCUGGAGGCUUGUUAAAUGUCAACUAGUUGGUUUUGUGCUGUGACAGUAGGGGGCACUACAUUGACCAGAAUGCACUGCUGCAGUUUGAGCUCCAGAGAGAAAGAGCUGAGCAGUUAACGAGUCUCUUCAGGUGCUGCAGCUCGUUAGACGACAGCUGAGACUUCUGAGUGAUGGAGUUACUAAUCACUGAUUUACUGUGGAUGAUUUGAUUAUUGAUUACUCUGAAGAUUGGAGCUGAAACAUUAUUGAUUAUUGAACAGAAAGAAAGAAAUGAAUCUUCAGCAGAUUAUUAACGAUCAAUUCAGUAAAAAUAUGUUUCCAGCUUCUUAAUCGACUUUUUCUCCCUCUUUUUUGAACAAACUGAAAAUCAAAAACAAACUUUUAUCUCUGGAGGAAGUUCAUGAUGAUGCAGAGUCACUCAGUUACACAAUGGUAAUAUUGAUUUGACAAAUAAUCCAUGUUUCUGUUUAAGAGGAUGAUAAAUUUAUAAACAGAAUCAUAAAUGAAAUGACGUCACAGGAAACACCUGAGAUGAAACAUGACUCAAACAUCCAGUUUCUGGUCGAAGCUGAACUAAGACAGCAAAGAGACGAAGCCUGAACAUUUGAAUAUAGAAAAUAUAGUAACAAAACACUUUUACAUAAUUAACAUUGUUAAACAACGUCUAGUUUAAAUCUGUUCAGUAGAAGAUGAAGGAACGUUUGAAAUACGGAGAGAAAGUUGCUGCUACAAACAGUUAAUAUAGAAAAGAGUCAGCAAAUGAAUCGCUAAUGAAAUCACUCAUCAGCUGCAGCCUUACUGCUGAUCAUUCCUCAUUAAUUGUUCUAUAUUACAUCUGAAAACUGUCAUCCAAGAUAUAUUUGAAUCGUUUUGUCAGUUUAAAAACAGAAAAGAAAGAGAAAGAAAGAAGCUGGAAACGUCAGCAGGACUGUAGAAAUGAUCCUCUGAGGAUCGUCUGUUGGUGUCGAUGCUCAAGUGGAAGCUUGAAACCAGCCGUGACGUCUCCGACUGAUGGCUGCUGUUUCUGUGUGGAUCAUGUAAACGUGUGGCUUUAGACUAAAGUGCCUAUAAAGAAGUGAGGUGGAGGUGUGUUAGUGUGACUGACUGUGAGAGGCUGUGGUUCUGUGUGGUUCUGUGUUGGUCCGUUGUGAGGCACCGUGUCGGUCUGUGAGGUCGGUCACACGGUGCCGUCGGUCCGUCUGUCGAAGGGUUUCUCCUCCUGUCGUCCGAACUGAUCUGAGCUCAGCUGCAGGACGGAUGACGAUGCUGAAUCUCGUCUAUCUCUGAAGACGAGCUUGAUGAGAUUAAUUAACUUUUUGCCGCUCAAUAAAAUCUUUUCUAUGAUUCAA